AUGCAGUCCCCGUCUCACCCGCACUCAUUGGCGGACGAGCUGCUGGCCUCCCUCUCCGGCCCUGCCGAGGUCUACCUCUACGCGCCCAAGGACGACGCUAAACACCGCGCCCUGUGGUCCGUCCCCUACUCGUCCGACGAGGCUGCUGCCUUUACCGCCCUUGCUGCUGCUGCUCCUCAAAGUGCCUCCUUUGUCUACGCUCUCGCCCCGGGCCUCGCCGGCAACGCCCUCUUUGCCGACCCGGCUUCCGCUGCCGCCGCCGCCGACAAGGUCGCUGCUGUCUUUGACGCCAUCGCCACCGCUCCGCAUCCGCCAGCCGUCGGCCUCGCUGUCCUCUUUGACGACAUCCCCGUCGAUCCGUCGCCAGCUGUCGCCACUGCUCAGGCCGCCUUUGCUGCCGCUCUCAUCGCCGCCGCCCGUGACGCUGCCGCCGCUGCCGGCCUCGCCUUUACCUUUGCCGCUUUCUGCCCCACUGUGUACUGCGCCCGCAUGGCGGCCCCGUUUGGCGGCGUCGCCACCUGCGGCUACCUCGCGGCCCUCGCUGAGGGCCUUCCGGAUGACGUCCAUGUGUUUUGGACCGGAAACGAGAUCGUCUCGCCCUCGAUCACUGCGGCAGACCUCGCACCCGUCAACGCCAUCUUUGGCCGCAAGGUCCUCCUCUGGGACAACGUUUUUGCCAACGACUACGACAACCGCCGCGCUGUCCUCGGCCCCAUCGCCGGUCGCCCGCUCGACCUCCGCCAGGCCGUCGCUGGCCUGCUCAUCAACCCCAACACCGAGUACGAGUUCAACUACGUCCCGCUCGUCUCGCUCCGCAACUGGCUCGCUGCCGAGCCGGGUUCUGACGCCGCCAUUGCGCCAUCAGACUCAACUCACCUCGACUCUCUCGCUCGCGACUGGCUCGCUGCCCGUCUGGACGUGCCUGCCCCGUCGGACGCCACCGUAGACGCGCUUGUCCUUCUCCUGCGCAUCUUUGCCGUCCCAGCCGAUGCUGCCGCCUCACUCGACCCUAUCCUCGCCCACCCGACCAAUGCCGCAGCCAUCGCCGAGCUCAAGGCCGGUGGGCAGCGCCUUGUGGACGUGUACGAGGCACUUCACGCCACACUUGUCUCGGACGCUGGUCGUGCCCUCCUCUACGCCCUCCACCCGUACAUGUGGGAGCUCAAGGAGGCCGGUGGACUGCUCCUCGCCUACGCCGCUUACCUCUGCGCCCCGGUCAAGGCCUCGCUCGUCGAGGCCAACGCCGGCUGGCCGUUCCACACCUCUGCAUCCGGCGUGUUCUUCUCGGACUCGCACGCCUUGCCAACGUACGAGGCAACGCUUGCGGCGCAGAUCAAGUCUCGUCUUCUCACCCUCAACUUUGCCGACGCCUCGAUUGGCCUCGCUCCGCCUGAUGCCCGUGGCCGCCUUCCCCGCCCGCGCAUGGACUUUGUCAUUCGCACCGCUCGUCCCGCCGACGUCGACGCCUGCUACCUUGUCUGCCUCGAGACCGGCAACUACGGCGACGACGGGACCGAGUUUUACCUCGACGACCCACUCAUCCUGGGCCAUCGCUACACUGGACCGUACCUGGAGUUUGACGAGACGGCGUAUGUGCUCGAGGAUGAGGCCGGAGUCUGCGGCUACACACUCGGCGUUCUCGACUCUAACUCCUUCUGGGCCCGCUACCUCGCCGAGUGGGUGCCCAAGAUCGUGGCCUCGCUCCCGGCUGGCAUCGCCGAGAGCCACGCGCCCGGCGGCGCCCUUGCCACUCCCGUCGAAGGCGAGCCGCGAUCGCACGAGCUCUACCGCCACUUUCUCAACCCGCCGACAGCCUACGAGUUUGCGUCGUUUGUCGAUGAGUACCCGUCGCACCUCCACAUCGACAUCAUCGCCCGCGGCCAGUCGCAGGGCCAGGGCACCCGCCUCAUCAAGACCCUGCUCUCCGACCUCCGCGCCCGGGGCUCGACAGGUGUCCAUCUCGAGAUGGCCAUCACCAACGACGCCGCCUACGGCUUCUACCGCAAGCUUGGCUUUGUCGAGCUCUUCCGCAACACCGAAGAGAUCGUCAUGGGCAUCAAGCUCUGAUGUCUGCCCCGUCACACCACAAACAGCGUGUCAGUCACGCCGGCACUCCGCAGUGCAAGCUGGAGGCUGGCCUUGGUUGCAAGGCCCGCCAGCACCACCCCUGGCACGGUCAUCCGUGCUAGCUGCGACCCUCCGCCGAGCGCGGCCUCGGCGACCACGGUCAGGCCGACGAUGUUCGAGGUGAGGACAACAAUGUGGACGAUGCGAAAGAGGGAGACGCCGAGAUAGUUGGGAAAGACACCAAGAAAGUACGCAUCAUAGUCCCAGAUCAUGACCAAUACAACCAGCGCCUUGGCCAUCGAUGAAACAAGUAGCGCGCGGACAACCAGGUCGAGGACCGCUCCCACGCCCAGCCG